AUGCCUAAAAGAAGCUGUGUUCCUUGCUUUCUACUUCACCAGCGCAAGUUAAAGAAGCUAGAUUUGUCACACAACUCCUUGGAGGGGAUGUUUCCAAAUUGGUUGAUAGACAAUAACAGAAUGCUGGAAGUUUUUAAUCUAAGGGACAACUCAUUUGGCAAUAUCUUUUAUAUGCCGUUAAAUAGAAAUCCUAAUACAAUGUGGGUGGAUAUGUCUGGAAAUCGCAUGAUAGGUUCAAUCCCGAGAUAUACGCCAAAGUUUUUUCCCCAUAUAACUUACUUAAACUUGUCCAUAAAUUCGUUAGACGGUGUUAUCCCUUCUUCAAUCGGUGAUUUAGUUGAACUAUACGAAUUGGAUUUAUCUCAUAAUAAGUUGUCUGGAGAAGUACCAACUGGGUUGUUGACCAACCUCUCUCAGCUAUUCGUAUUAAACCUUACAAAUAAUAGUUUGCAUGGCGAGGUACUUUCCACAAACUUAAACUUGGGAGACAAAGGAAGGCUUUGCUUAGAUAACAAUUAUUUCACUGGUAAAAUUCGACACAGUGAUCUCUGGUCUAUGCUACAACUUGUUGAUAUUAGCAACAACUUUUUUACAGGUUUGAACCCUUGUUGGAUAAGCAACAUCACUACCUCAUUUGAACCUGUAGGUUCAUUGUUGUUUCUUGAUAUCUCACAAAAUAGUUUUUCAGGGCCCAUCCCAUCCUGCCUAAUUUCUCAAAGUUUAGAGCAUCUCCAUUUGGGUUCCAACAAAUUUACUGGAUCAAUACCAAAUUCCUUUGGUACCUUGAAAAAUGUUUUGACUUUAGACAUAGGCAACAACUACUUGUCACACAUGAUUCCUAAAUUUCUUGGUGAACUGUCCAGUUUAAGGAUUCUUCUUUUGGGAAAAAACAACUUUAGUGGUUCUAUUCCAAAACAACUAUGUCGAUUAACUAAUGAGAGUCUGAUUGAUCUAUCCAAUAAAUUUCUUUCUGGCUCAAUACCAAGUUGUCUACAAAAUAUUAGGGGCCCAAGUUACCAAGCUUUCAUGCACACCAGGUAUCUAGAUGGUUAUGAUACUGAUGGUCGAAGUCGUAAUUCACCAAAUUUCUAUUAUCAGAGUAUUAUAACGAACAGAGUUACAUUUCCAGAAGAUCUGUUUAAAAUAAAAGACGAAGUUUUGUUCACAACAAAAGCUAUCUCCCUUACCUACAAGGGUGACGCUCUUGAUAGCAUGUCAGGAUUGGAUCUCUCCUCUAACAAACUCACAGGUUAUAUUCCAGAAGAACUAGGGUUGUUGACCCAUAUUCAUGUUUUAAACCUGUCUCACAAUAAGUUGACUGGACCCAUUCCAACUAAAUUCUCUAAUCUUGCUAGUAUUGAGAGCUUGGACCUUUCUUUUAAUAAUUUGUCUGGCAAAGUUCCAUCCGAACUGAUUAAGCUGAACUCAUUAGAGGUUUUCAAUGUCUCGUUCAACAACCUAUCAGGCACACUCCCAAUGAAAGCACAAUUUGGUACAUUUUCCAAGGAGAGUUAUGAAGGAAAUCCACUUCUUUGUGGGCCACCAUUGGAAAACAAAUGCACAAUGGAAACACAGGAAACUCACCCAUCAAUUGAAGAAGGAGAUGACGUGAAAUGGUAUGAUAUGGAUAUGACAUCAUUCUAUGGAAGUUUUGGUUCCACAUGGUUUGUGUCAAUGUGUGGAUUUGCAACACUUCUUUGGGUCAAUCCUUACUGGCGUAGAAGGUGGUUGGAAUUGGUUGAAGAAUGUAUGUAUACAUGUUAUUACUUCCUUUAUGAUUCAGUAAGGAAAGUCUCUAUGUACUUAUUUAAGUAA